AUGAUUUCAGGAAAAGAGCUUCGAAUCGUCUCGUUACUAGCACUGGACUCCGUCUUCUUCCUAUUGGAAAUUAUUAUAGGUUAUAUGUCCCAUUCACUGGCUUUAAUUGCAGAUUCAUUCCAUAUGUUAAAUGAUAUAUUCUCCUUAUUAGUGGCAUUAUGGGCUGUCAACGUUGCUAAGAAUCGUAACCCAGAUGCUAAAUAUACUUAUGGUUGGAAAAGAGCAGAAAUUUUAGGUGCUUUAAUUAACGCUGUGUUUUUAAUCGCCUUAUGUUUCUCAAUCUUUAUUGAAGCUUUACAAAGAUUAUUGCAACCUCAAGAAAUUGAAAAUCCAAAAUUAGUACUGUAUGUAGGUUGUGCCGGUUUAGUAUCGAAUUUUGUUGGAUUGUUUUUAUUCCAUGAUCAUGAUCAUGAACAUGGUCAUGAUUUGGAAUCUUUGGAGAAUGGUUCUCAUACACAUUCACAUUUACAACGCCAAGAACAAUCAUUAGAUGAAGAGGAUCCAUUAACUGAAAUGAAUGGAAAUAGAGGGGGCAGCGGUUCUGAAUCGCCAAAUAUGUUACCAGAACAUUUAGUUAAUAGAAUGAGUGUGACAGAAGAAGAAUUAAGAAAGCAAUCACCAAAAAAACAAUCAGAAUCAAACAAAUCUUUAAAUAUGCGUGGUGUCUUCCUUCAUGUCAUGGGUGAUGCGUUAGGUAACCUUGGUGUCAUUGCAGCUGCUUUAUUUAUUUGGAAAACAGAUUAUUCUUGGAGGUUUUAUUCAGAUCCAGUGGUUUCACUAGUCAUUACAGUUAUUAUAUUUUCAUCAGCAUUACCAUUAUCAAGAAAGGCUUCUAGAAUCUUAUUACAAGCCACACCCAAUACUAUUUCUGCAGAAGCAGUGGAACAAGAAAUUUUGAAUGUUCCUGGUGUUAAAGCUGUUCAUGAAUUCCAUAUUUGGAAUUUGAAUGAAACUAUUACCAUUGCAUCAAUUCAUGUCGAGGUAGAUGUUACACCAGACAAUUUCAUGAAUUCAGCAAAAUUAAUAAGAAACAUUUUCCAUGAACAUGGUAUCCAUUCUGCAACUGUUCAACCAGAAUUUAUUUCAGGUACCAUUAGUCCAGACAUUCAAAGAAGAUUCUCUUUGAUUGCUGGUGGAUUGAACGAUUACACAAGACCAGAUACACCAUCAUCUUCAAAUAGCAAUGUAUCGGCCUCUUAUGGUUCAACGACAUGUCAAAAUAAUAAUCUUUCAUAG